AUGCACGUUGUCAAAGAGGUAUGCAAAGCCGUCGAAGAACGCAUCGGCGAGCUAGGCAAGCUCCGAAAACCAAAGGUGCACACCAUCCACAUGAACGACUACAUAUACCCCGGCCACGAUCCCAAAUACAACGAUCAUCCUCGUCGAUUUGACAUUGCUCGUCUGAAGAAGGAUGUUGAUGAGCUUAGUGUGCUCAACAUUGAGGCUGGUGCCCUGGAGUUCUCAAAGACAGCCACCUACAACGAGUCACGACACAAUCUCAGCAACUAUGUCGACACAUACCACCCCAACUGGCCCCAUGUGGUGCUGAUCGAGGGCUACUACGCUCUGUACGACGAGGAUCUGCGCAGGCUGAGCAGCAUGAUGAUUUUUGUCGAUAGUGACGCUGACAUUCGUCUGUGCCGGCUCGUGGAGAAGAAGGCUGAUCCUUCUGGUUCCAAUUUGGCCGAGGUGCUGGAUGACUACUUUACUCACUCGCGAGUCGAGAUGUCCAACUUCAUCCUGAGCACCAAGGAACACGCUGAUGUGGUGCUCCCUAGAGGAGCCGAGCCCAUGGGCGUCAAACUUGUCAGUGUGGGACUGUUCAAUCGGCUGAACCAGGAGGUGAUGAGCAUUAUUGAGGGCGAGCCUGUGGAAAAACAAGAACGUUUGAGGAUCCAGAGUAAGUGGGAUUUGAGAGAAGAGCAUUUGGAUCAGACGCGGUAUGUGGAUCUCACGUAA